AAACCUGGAGGGACGAGUCCCACACUAGAGGGACCCUCCGCUGGAGAGAGGAGCCCCGAUCCAGGGGGGUGAACCCUCUAUGGAGGGGGGAGACCCCCAGAGCACCAUCCCUGCCACCGAGGCUGGGACACUCCCCUGCAUCCAAACCCUCGUGCUCCGUCCGCACCGCUGCGGGCCCUGCUGUAACCUCGCUCCUUUUGAGGACCAACAAAACCUGACAUUUUUAACUCGUGCCCCGUCAAAGGCGGCGGUUUUCCCCCUGCCUGUCCUUGUGCCGCAGGGUCUGGGUCUGUGCUCCCGGCACCCCGGCCUCUCGACACAGCCCAUCUGGCGCCAGCUGUGGGAUGACGUGAUGAAAACCAGGCCGCCCAACUCAGAGAAUAUAACCUGUUGGAGGAAGAAGUUCCUUGAAACGUUCUUCUCCAAUGUUCUCCAUGGUGUCUUGGACGUUUCCUCCGACUGGCGCCUCAACGACCAUCACUUUUCGCCGCUGCUCCACAGCUCCCCGCACGUGUCCCAGCUCACCCUCUGCAACAUGCUGCAGGGCGCCGUGGAGCUCGCUGCUGAGCACAACCACAAAGUGCUGGAAAACCUGGCUGGCUCCCUGCGCAUCCUGAAGUUCCAGCACCUCCUCUCCUCCGACCAGUCCAUCAGGCGUUCGCUGGUUUUGCUCCUCCACCGGCUGAUUCACCACGGCUCUGUCAGCCAGGUGUCCAUGUAUUCCUGGCCUGUUCCCGACACCGUUCUCCUCGUUCUCAUUUUGAGCAUGAGCGCUGGGUUUUGGCGCUCAGGAAAUGCCCUCGCUUAUCAGUGUGGCCUUUGCAGAGAGGACAAAGCCCCAAGCCAGGAGUUGGUGCAGGAGCAAGCAGAGAGGGGCCAUGAUGCUGAGAGGGAGGGCAGCAAUGGUGAGAACCAGAAGGGAUUCCCCAAUGCCCCAGUGGAGGCUGAUGCUCACCUGAACUCUGUCCUCUCUGUCCCAAGAAGUUCUCCCCUGCGAAACCAAGCGUGUGAGGAGGCCAGCAGCGAGGGGCCCUGUGACCACACCAGCAUUCAGGGGGGAUCUCCCCCUCACUGUGGCUCAGGGCAGUUGUCCUGUCACCCUGUUCUUCCAAAGACACGCAGACAGCUGAAACCCACAGUGGGGAGGAAACGUCGCUGCCUCAGACGGAGCAGGGGACCCUAUGCUGACCCAGAAGACCUGUAUGAUUUUGUUUUUACUGUUGCUAGAGAGGGUAAUUCAGGGCUACUUGACAAAACCAGCACCACAGGGGACGAAAACGCAGAGAACUGGACUAGUUCCUCCCCUGGAUCUCCGUGCACUGGCCGUGCUGGCUGUAAGAAAAGAGGAGGACCUGCUGGGAUCUUUUCUCUGAAAGCUGCUCACCGCUUCCGAAGUGUGUCCACUCUGGAAUUGUUCUCCAUUCCUUUGACUGGGGAGACAUGUCGGACUCUGAGUAACCUGCUGAGCUCCUGGGUGUCUUUAGAAAACUUGGUUCUGUCUUAUAAUGGCCUGGAUGCCAACAUCUGCUGCAUCCUCUCUGGGCUCCGGGCCCUCUCCCGCCACCCGGGCUGCCGCCUCCGUGUGCUGCGCGUGAGCGACGUGUUCUCCCACAUGCCCUGCAUGGAGCUCGUUCGCUGCGUCCUGAGCGCCUUCCCACAGCUCCACACGCUCUCCGUCAGCUUCGACCUCAAAAACCAGCCGGAGGGGAACAGGCCAGAGGGAAAUCCAAGUUGCAGCGAGGUAGAAAUCCCAGAAAGCUGCCUGGAGCAGCUGGAGAUCCGAUUCCCCAGGGAACCUCUGCACACCAUGUUCCUGCUGCCAGUGCUCAAGGCAUCGAAGUCCCUCCAGCAGUUGUCCCUUGACAGUGCCACUCUGCCCUGCUCUCAGGAGCUCGGGCUCCUUUUGGAGGCACUCAAAGAGUGUACUCCAAAUUUGAAGAAACUGAGCUUUCAUGAUGUGAACCUGGCUGAGCACCAGAAAGAAGUUCUGCUUUUGCUUCAGGAUCCCGUCCUGCAAGAAAUCACGUUUUCCUUCUGCCGGCUGUUUGAAAGCUCUACUGCUGAGUUUCUGUCAGAAAUAAUCAAUACAGUGAAAAGAAAUUCAUCCCUGAAGAGCCUCAAACUGCCCGGGAAUCGCCUUGGGAAUCACAGGCUGGUUGCCCUUGCAGACAUUUUCUCUGAAGAUUCCUCCUCUUCUCUUUGCCAGCUGGAUGUCAGGGAAUGUGUGCCCAGGAAAAGCUGAGAGUACUGCAAUGGGCACAUACAGCCUCAGGAACCUCCAGCAUCUCUGAGGCAUCUCACUGUUCCCUUUAUAAAUGAGUCAAGCUCCAUCUUAAAAGCAGCUUUGGUUUGCUGCUCCCUUGGGAGGCUGCUGCAGGCCCUCCCCAAGCUGUAGGUAAGAAGUAACAUCCCUAUAGGUUUAUUCUUAGCCAUCAGUAUGAACAGCUCUGUUUCCACUGCCCCUGUGGAGGGAAUGUUGUCAUUGCCUGUCAGAUCCUGUGGAGGCCUCUGCAUUCCUUUCCUCAUCUUUGGUCUUUCUUCUGAAGUGCUGCUCUCUUCUUGAGCCUGAGUGGCUGUAAGGAUAGGCAGUAACCUUCAUGAAGUAUGUGGGGGGUGGCAUUUCUGCAACAUUAACAACUGCAUUGCAUGAUUCUGCCCCCACCCUUUCCUUACAUCCUGAUGGCUCAGGUUGCAGACACACAGGAUUGACAAUUUAUUUAACCAUGGCUACUCCUUCAGCAGCCUUGAAUCCUGAUUGUUACUGUACCUCUGACAAGAUUCAAGUCCAGCAUGCAACUUGAUAUUUAUUUACACAUCUGUGCAAGGGAAGUGACCUUUGAGUCUCCUAGAAACACCAGGACCUGACAAAUGCUCUUCAGAUUUUCUCAGAAGGAAGAUAUAAAUGAUCACUUACUGCUGAGGCUGGUGCUGGGACCUGUAGGUUGGGGUGAGCCCCUUGGUCCAGGCAGUUGACAGCUGCUGUAAGACUGAAGUGCUCCUGGCACUGCUUCACCAGCAGCUUGGGUCCAGCAACAUUUUAAGGCCACGUCUAGAUCUCCUUAAGUCAGUGGUAAGGAGGAUAAUGAGUUUAACUUGUCAGUGGUGACCACCUUAGUUUUAAGAUGUUUCCAGCCCUUCAUAUUACUGUGCUUCAGUUUUGUUUUUCACACUUGGUACUGCUGAAGGUGCACUUAGCCUUGAAACAUCCCCACGUACCUGCACUGGCAGUUACUAGAAGGAACAGUAAUUUAAACUGCUCAAAUUAUAGCCUAGACUCUUAAUGACAUUUUUUAUCUUCCUUUCCCUGGAAAGCUCGAAUUGCAUCAAACCUGAUGGGCUCCUGGAGUUCACAAAGAAGCUGGAAGGCCACAUCCAGCAGAGAGGGGGACAGAUUCAGUUCACACACCUCCGCCUCUUCCAAAAUUGGCUGG